AUGCCAAUCACUGACGAAGUGACUAUGCAGAAUAUGUUUCAAAUUCACCGGCAGACUCAGAUGCGACAGCCACAGAUUGAGCUGUAUGUUGAAUUUGAAACCGUAGAGGCGGAAGGGAUUCAAAAUGAUUUAGAGGUGGAGGAUGAUAAAGCUACAGUAUACGAGGGAAUGAAUAGUGACAGCGAAGAGGACUUCAAAGCCACUUAUGAAGCCGGCGACGAAGACGAGGAUGGUGAUGUGGGAGUUGAGACAGCAGUGGAUAAUGUAGUGGUUCACCCCUCGAUUAGUCAACCGAUGAACGUGCCACCUUUUAUGCGCGUUGCUGAUCCUGAGGACGGAGAAUUUUGGAUUGGUAUGGAAUACAGUUCUAGAAAGUGGGUCGUGGUAGCAAUUAGAAGUUACACUAUCGCUAGAGGAGUUGACUACGACGUGUAUGAGUCUGAGCCACAGACGUUCUAUGCAAAAUGCAAGAUGUAUGGGCAUGGGUGCGAUUGGCUUAUCCGAGCUAGCUUGAUACGGAAAAAAGGUUGUUGGGAGAUACACAGAUACAACGGUAGGCACACGUGCACAACGGGAGUGAUUUCGCAAGAUCAUUCCAUGUUGGACUCGGAUACAGUUGCUGAGGCUAUAUGGCCAUUGGUCGAGACUGACCCGUCCAUCAAGGUGAAAUAUAUAAUAGCCGAAGUCCAGUCAAGGUUCAACUAUACCAUCAGUUACCGAAAGGCUUGGUUGGCAAAGCAGAAGUCCAUAGCAAAAGUUUUUGAUGAUUGGGAGGAGAGUGUCCAAGCCUUGCCAUGGUGGCUCUCGGUUAUGGUUCAGAAGAUGCCUGAGUUAGUUGUCCAAAUAGAAACACGCCCACUGUACAAUGGGAAUGAGGAGGCGCAAGGGGUAAAAAUACUGCAUCGCAUAUUUUGGAGAUGGGAACCAGAACAUUAUGCUUAUCGCUUUGCCUUGGUGGAAGGGGAGACAGCUGAUGCGUGGCACUUCUUUCUUAGGAAUCUGCGAAUGUAUGUUGUCAGAAAAGAUGGUGUGGGAAUGAUCUCAGACCAGCGUGAGUCAAUUUGGGCAGCAGUAAAUCGUUCCGGAGGUAACUGGCAACCUCCAAGAGCAUGGUGGAUAUUUUGUAUAAGGCACAUCGGCAGCAACUUCUUACGAGUAUUCAAAGUCCCUCACUUGCAAAAGCUUGUGGUCAACAUUGGGUAUUCAAGAACGGUGGAGGAGUAUAACAUCAACUAUAAGAGGCUCCAAGAGCGAGGCGAGGCAUAUGCCAGGUGGUGCAACGCCAUUGGACUUAGACAUUGGGUAUUGGCAUUCGACGAGGAACAUCGAUGGGGCCAUUUGACGACGAACCUUGUCGAGUGCAUUAACUCAGUGUUGAAGGGUGUCCGUAAUUUACCUGUGUUGGCACUAGUUUGA